AGCGAGAAAAGAAACGAAAUGGUGUAAAAUGUUUACGGUUCCUUAUGCGGGCUCCUUUACUAUUUAUGUUCUUUACACGGACUAUAAUAUCUUUACCACGAUUUAAGAUAAUAUACGAUUUAUGAUAUCGUUUCGAUUGUUUCCACUCCAUUAUCUUAAUUCUUAGUCCCUGGUAAUAACCAUGACAAAAUAUAGAGGAUAGGUUAGGUCACGAAUUAAGAUAUACGUAUAUCUUAAUUCGUGGGUUAGGUUAAUAGGUUAAUUUAAUGACGAUAUGAUAAUACGGGUAAGCAAGUGACAUUUGCGCGGACUCGGACCAAAUCUGGACUUUUGCGAUCAUACCAUGUUGUUUAUAUCAUAACAAUAACCACAAUCAAUGAUAAACCUUUUAAAAUCGAUUAAUUUAAAAACUAUUUCCAAAGUUUAAAUAUUUUCAAUUUUAAUCAGUUCAUUGAAUUGAGUUAACUCUGUAGUCUGUAAUUUAAUAAGCAAUUGGUAGGUUCCAAGUAAUAACAAAUUGUUAACAAAAAUGUCUUAUGAUUUUAAGAAAGACGAAGAUGUUAAGGAAUAUAUUAAAAACUUAGGGAUUGAAUAUAGAUUUGGCUGUUUCAGUGAAAAAGAUGCACAAACAUGUCAGUUGCUUGGUGAUUAUUUAGAGACUAUAGAAAACAACCCUGAUAAGGCAGCCAAAAUAUAUAAAGAAAAUUGUGAUGAACGGGACUUCGGUCGCAGUUGCUAUAAGUAUGCUUCCUAUUUGGAAAAAAAUAAUUUGAAAAAUCUCAAACCAGUAAUUCCUGAGAUGAUAAGAUAUUUUAAGAAAGGUUGUGAAUAUAAUUGGUCUGAUGGAUGUUUUGCUGCUGGAAUGAAACUCCGUUAUCACAGUGACUCAAUUACUGAUGUUGAUGAAAGAACAAAUAGCUUACUUCAAAGUUUGCAAUACUUAGAAAAAGCAUGUAACAACAGGCAUUCAGAAGCAUGUUAUGUAGCCAGCAAUAUUCAUUUUGCUGGCAUUGAGGAAAUUGGAUUAGAACCUAAUAAGCCCAAAUUUUUAGAAUACUCAAUAAAAGCUUGUGAUCAAAAUGAAUUGAAAGGUUGUGUUAAUGCAUCAAUUAUGUAUAACAAAGGAGAUGGUGUACCUAAAGAUUUGGAUCUUGCUCAGAAGUAUAAAGAAAGAGCAUUAGAUAUACAAAGACAAAUCAAAGAAGAAAAAGGUAUAAAGUUUAGUUAAUAGUUUUACUAUGAUUGUUUUAAAAUUAUUGUUAUUAGUUAUCAUUAAAAAACAAAAAUGAUGAGUUAUAUAUUUGAAAUAAAUUAUUCUGAUUUAUGACAUUGUUCAUUGAUAAUUGUUAUUCAUAUUAAUAAACAGCUAAUUUAUUGUUUAUUAGACAUUA